CUGGCUUCCUGGCUAGUUUGGGGUUGAUUUUAAGGUUUAGUUAAGUACUUUAAAAGCUCUCUGUGACCCUGUUAGUACCAUAGGAACUGACAUAUUAUUUGAGAUCAUCGGGUCUUCUGAGUCCUAUAAACCCGAUCAAAAACUUAAGGCGACAGUGUUUGCAGUGAGGGGCCGAAAACUCUUAAACUAUGUGCCAGAGGAGAUUGGGUUAGCGGUCAAAAGAAACCCCUACUUCCUGUCGGGUUGUUUGAAAUAGAUUUUUAUUGUUUUUUUGUGUGUUAUUUCUUGUAUGAUUUUAUGACCUGCCUGUUUUAUUUUGCAGCCCUUGGAAAGCUCUCUGCAUCUUUGCUUUUGAAAUGUCCUCUAAAUUCAGUUACCUUUAUUAUCACUAUUAUGUCACGCAAAAACCAACCAGUUUCCUGUGCUUGUAUUUCUUUGUAGCCAACUCGAAGCACAGAGCCUCCACUUUUUUCUGCAGGAACACAAUCUCCUUCUCCAGCUGCCUGUUUCUCUCCUUCUGCAUCCCCAGAGCGACAGCUAAAGCCUUGUUGUUGUUCUUCAGAGAGACCUUGAAGAACGAGGAGGUGUCUGUUGCAGGUAGGAAAAAGAAAUACAAGGAUUAAUAACUGACACAACAAUCAAAACACAUCUUUUCUUCUUUAUAUAAUAACAGAUUGUGUUAAAGUGAUUCACAGACUCACUGAGAAGCUUGUUUUUGAUCUUCGAUGCAGCAGCUGAAGACUGCUUGGAAGAUGAUCUGGGUGUCAUCUUUCCCACAGGUAACAUGGCUAGGGCUGGAUUAUUAGUUCAACAUAAAAAAAAUAGGUUAUUGUAAAGGCAUGAUACCAGACACCAAACACAAUGAAGCAAAAACAGAAAUUUAGUAGUGUUAAUGGUUGACACGUCUGUUUGAACUGGCCUCCUACAUCACACAAGAGUACCUUCUCUUAAUAUUAUUUAGGUAGCUUCAGUUAAAUUAAAGGAUUAAAUCACGAUAACCGCCAUUUUGUGACUGAAACACGAAUAACUUUACUGACAAAUACAAGCUACUCAACCGACAGUUAGCACGUUACUGUCUAAAUUGAGCAAAAACUUACCACAAACAAAAUGUAGCCAGUAGGAUACUUUGUGUCCUAGAAACAGAAACCCUUAAAAGGGUCGUGAAAUUAUCAAGUAAUCCGAAUAAUGUCUGUAGUAGUUAAAAUCUUUUGCGAUAAACCACUGGUCGCUGUUUGUUAAACCCAAACAAAAAGUCCGCGGCGUUUUAGCGCAUGCGCAUAAAUUGGGGCCAAUCGUAAAAUGAGCCUGUGAGUUUUGUUUCCCCCGAGAAACAGACGAAAGGCAAGAAAAAGGUCGAAGCUGAGUCCUGAUGUUGCCAUUCCACAGACGUAAUUUAAAUCAAGAUUUUGAUUAUUGUAAAUUAAACCAUAUUAUGAAACACAUUUUCAAAUUCUACAAGUGUAAAUGUUGCAGUGAGGGUGAUAUUCGACAAACUGGAGAGAAGGCUUACCUGUAAGUCAGUAUCGAGGGUUUAAAUUUUAGAAAGCAUAGCACACGCCACAAUAGCUAAGUCAACGAACCUUACACUCGUAUUCAUCAAAAACAUAAGAACAUCUCAAAACACAAAAAAAUUAACAAAACACAAAUAUCAAAUGAAAUACUAAAUAUAUUAUAAGGCAAAAGUAUUUCACAGAGCACAAAACCUAACACAAAAGAUAUAAAAACUACAAAAAAGAUUAAGUAUAUUAGUAGUAUAUUAGUAAAUAUGAAAUAUUUCAUAUAUAUUGUUUUUUUCUGAAUUUGCUGAUAUGUUUCCGUGUUUUGUUUUCCUUUUUACUAUUACAAUUGUACUAGAAACCUCAAUUAAAAUCGAAAUAAUUAAAAAAACACAAAACAAAACACAUGUAAUAAAUGAAAUAAUAAACCUAAAGCAAAAUAAAAUAAAAAUAAAAUGCACAAAACUUCUCACAAAAGACUUAAAAAAAACUGCAAAAAAAAAAAAAGACAUUUAAUAUAUUCUUGUUUUAAGAACUGUUAAGUAUUUAUGUGUUGUUGUUUUUUUCCUGUAUCUGAUUAUAUGUUUUCAUGUUUUUUGUUUUUUUUUUUAUUUUAUUUUGUGAAAUGUUUGUGUCAUGAAAACGUUAUGCACUUGUAAAAUGUUUGCACAGUGAUUCUCAGGGUCACCAAAUCAGACAGCUUUAAACUUUUUACACUAUAUUAUCAACGCUUCUUAUUGAAUGCUUGAUUUCUCAUUCAUGUAAUGUUCACUUUAUAUCUAAACACUCACCUUUUCUAUUUGAAAAGAGGAGGUCAAAUUUUGUCCACUUUUCUUUGAACCCAAAAGAUUUAUCAGCUCAGUUCAGACUAAAAGCAUGACUGUGACAUACCCUGAGACAUACCAAGUUUCAUGGUAAUGUCAGAUUUUCCACCAGUAAAGUGUUUAGUUCCUGUUUGGCAGCGUCUGAUUCUUGGCUGAGGAAUUUCCUGCUCAUUUUCAUAGUGGCUGCAAAGGCCACAGCUUGGACAUGGUGACCUGAAUGCAUUUGUUGAAAUUCAUUACAAUUAAACAUUUGAGUGAACCGCAAAUCACCUAAAGAUCCCCUCCUGCCUUCUAGUGUAGCCCUUUAUUGCCUUUUGUGUCGUAUUGGAUACAUUCUUUUAUGAUACCUCUAUCAAAUCAGUAUCAAUAUUACUUAAAAACACCUCAACACAGUCUGAUAAAUGAUAAAAAUGUCCUGUUGGGGUUUGUUUCCAUAAACAUCUAAUGUAUCAAAUAAGAUAAAUAAAUAUAUUUGUUAAAUUUUAAGGACUUUUGAUUGUUUGGUUUUCAGUAGUAAGUGAAAUAAACAUUUCAGCUCCAAAAAAACUUGAAUUUUCUGGCCAUAGUUUGUGGUUUCAGGCAUGAAAGGGAUAACAAUAAGGCCUGUUUAAUCGAUUUUUCUGGGCAUGUUUGGUGUUGCCUGCUCUCUGGAUCACAACAGUCGCAUUCAGUGCGGGUAUUGAUUCGUCAGGGCUGCUUGGCGUCGGGAGUCGGCUUUUUUCGGGUAUUUUGGAGCUCUUCGAUGUUGGACUGCUUCAAACAUUGAUGUCAAAUUCAUACAGUGGAUGGGUAAUUUACAUUUUGUUUGCUGCCAUGACAUUUCGGUCUUAUUUACCGUGUCAGCUGUUCAAAAAAAGGAGUUGUAGCUAGCUAGCAAAGGAAGCUACCAUUGGAUAGCUUGUCCAACUGUAAACUGAAAUUAUCCGUUAAUGGUGGAGAGCAGACCUGAAUGAUCCACCUUAGGGAUCAAAUCGAAAGUAAAAACAUGUUUUGUCCGGAUUUGUCUCACAUAAUUGAUAAAGUGUCAAUUAUUAUUGUCGUUUUAGCCGAGCUGCCUGAUGUUACACUUGAUAGCUGAGAAAAGCUAGUGAUUUAAAUGUUGUAUUUUUGAGAUCCGUCUACAGACACAGGUGAAAGUGACUAUUGACUUGUGUACACAGGUGUGUAGUAAGCUGUGUGUAGAGGUGGGGGGCUCCGUCCUCAGCUGUCAGUCGGUCAGGAGAUAGUGGUCACGCUGCGGCCUGUUAUGAUCACAUGAUGAGCUGCUGCCACUUCUGCUCGUUCAAACGCUGUUUUCUCUAUCAAACCUCAUGCACAGAAGACUCAAAGUUUACACCACAAUUUACAAAAUACAUCUAGAGGAGCCUGUAAAUGAAUCUCUCUGAUUUUGAACUGUGAAUGUCGUUGAAACAAGGAUGCAGAUUCGAGUAGCGGCUCAGGCAUAUCAGCCGACUAGGGGCGGGUUCAGACUUUUCUCUCACAGGGGUGACCAAACUGGUCCUGCCCGCACAGGGUUGAGGAUUGCUGUUUAACUCAUGAUAUAAUAUAAUACACCAUCAAACAUGCGGUUCACACAAGGGAGAUGUAGACUGAGCAGGUGCAAAUGCAAAUAAACAUCAGCAGAGGGUGUGUGCAGCUUCAGAGCUUUGUACUUCACAAGGGAUGAGAUGAUCUCAGAUCCUCACGAUACAUAGCAGGGGAGAGUGGGGUAAGUUGAGCCACCGCCUGUUGCUUGGAAAUAGUAAAAGAAAUUGAUCAUGUGACCAAAUAUUUAGGAUACCCCACUCUCCCCUACACGAUAUGAUACAUAUAGUGCUUUUUGAAAAGUAAACCAGUGAAGACUCUGAAAAAAAAACACAAUUUAUUUUACAAUGAUUGGACACUCAGACAGGAUAUGAGCCAUCAGGUGAGCCCAUGGAUUUGUCAGUGAUGACAAGUAAGACAGCUACAAUGCUUUGCUUCUUUGUCUUUAAUUUUCCAUCUACACUGUAGACUAAACCUGAUGAUAUUAUCACACAGUGCUUCUCAGAUGUGUGAUUGUCUGCUCAUUGUGGCUUUGCUUGAUCAUGUCCUCUAUUUUCGUAGAAUAACAUCACCGUAUUAGUUCAGUGGGGUCAUGGAUGUGUGGCUUCACUAGGCACUUCCCUUUGCUCGAUCAUUAUCAAGCUACUUCGGGCAGCCUGAUGUGCUAGCAUACUGUAUUAAUCUAAGCUGGAACUCCUUAUUUCAGUUUUUCCCCCAGAGUUGGAGGAACUGUUCAAAUUUUGGUUAAAAAGGGACAGCUCUGGUUACUACCUACCCACCGUGUGGGUUAGGCAUUAAUUCCAGUGCAAAAAAAGCAGAAAUGAGCAGAUGAGGCUUCAAUAAGCUCUGGGGCUGUCCUACAGCUUGAGCUGAGGCUUUAAAACUUCACGCUUAUCCAGUACAGUGGUCUCUGCUGGCUUGCAAAACUAAAGCACUAUGAUUUGGACGUUAAGUAUCAUAUACCUGUCUCUACUGAAAACAUCUUGUGAUUUCUUAAGCUCUCAGUCUGUUAUGGGGAAGUGAAGCAGUAAACACUUCCUCUACACCCUGUUGGCCUGGCAGUAUCUUUUCUUUACAUCUCCUCAAAGCGAUUCAUUGAGUGACUCCUCGAGUGGAGUAUCUAGACACUUCUUUUCCUAUAAAAUCGUUGUAUCCCCAUACAAAAACAUAGAAAAAUCUGUUUGAAGAGUGUUAUUACUUUGAGAUUAAGUUGUCAUUACCAAGAUAAUUGUAUCCCACAAGUCAGAAUGAUGGUAUUUUGCCAAAUCCAUGUUGUGUCUCCAUAUCUUAAAGGAAAGUCAGACUUGUUACAUCAAAAGAAGAUACUCCUCAGAAGGGUUAGUCUUGAUUGUUAACUUUCUCAUUAUAAUUUUUAUUUAGUUUUGUUUUGCUUCUAUUUUGUUGGUUGCAACACUUGAAGAUAUGUUUAUCAGGGGGUUCGUAAAGCUUUCAUGUUUUUUGAAGUGGUUAUAUGAAAGCAAGCAAGUUGUUGACAGAAAGAAAAACUGAUUUUGUCACAGACUAAAUUAUCUCUUCUUUGACUGACUACCAGAGGAGUAAUCUUCGUUUCUGUUACAGUCUGUUUAGGUGACCUCUCACAUUGUAAGAAAAAUCAGUUAUGCAUGCUCACAUGGUUUCUCCUCCCCCCAUAGCAGGACCAGCAGUGAGAUGGCUGCUGAUGACAAGUCCUCAUCUUCAUCCUCGACAGACUGGAGCGUCGAGCCGCCUGUCCUCUCCCCGACCAGCCCAUCCCACCUCACCCAGUUCAAACCACUGACCCCGGAGCAGGAUGAGCCUCCCCUCCGCUCUGCAUACAGCUCAUUCGUCAACCUCUUCCGUUUCAACAAAGGUUAGAGACACACACAAACAUGUGGACCAUGGUGCCCAUGUAACCCCAUUAUUUUGGUCGGAGCCCUUUUUUGUGAACUGUUUGUAGUGUUGAAGAUAAUUGGCAUAGGUUGUAUAAAACUCUUUAAGUAGUCUCAGUGAUAUCAGGCAUUGGUUUGUGAUGAGGCGUUAUAAAGUCCUAAGACAAGGGUCGCCAUGUUGGAGCAAUAUAAGCCUGUGGAGCAGUCAGGGUGGAACAGCGCUUUGUGUGUGUGUAUGCAUGCCUGAAUGUGUGGAGCUUCACACCUCCAGCUUUUGUAACAGCAUUAUGCAAUGUGAAAUCACAGACUGGAACACGGAUAUACCGUUUGCAGAAUCAGCAUGAAAACAUUAAGGCGGCAUGAUUCUUUGCUGUAACUUCUGUGCAAAUUUAUGGACAAAAUUAUGCACAUUAUGUCUGUUUGGUAAGAGUGGACUGAAUUAUAACUCCAUGAAUAAGUCAGAUUUCUGACUCUCUUUCACUUCAGUAUCUUUGCCACAUUUCUUUCUCCUUGAACUCCCUCUGAAGCUCUCGAGGGAUUGCCUCACAGUUUAAAAUCUUUGUUAAAGUCAAACCAGUAGUAAAUAAUAAAAAAGUUCUGUUGUGUCAGCAAUAUUUAGAGCUGCACAGAGGGACUUCCUGGACUCUAGUGCGACACAGUUCUUAAGUUUCAUUCGUGCAGAUUCCCUGUUUAAGGAAGGGCAGAUCAACAAACAAAACUGCAAUCCUCAUUUCACAAUAGAUACAAGUCAGAACAGUUCAAGAAUCACUCCUAAAACGUUGCUUCUGUAAGUUUCUGUACACACAGUCUUAUCAUUGACAGAUACUUCUGAACUUAAGAGUAUGUUUUUUAACUGAGGAGGAGAGGAAAAAAUAUAUCAGAAUAUAUCAAACUAUUUAAAAUAAUAAUAAUAACAGGUCUUUUGACCUGUUAAAUGUGUCUAUAGUGAGUAAAAGAUAACAUGAACAAAACCCUUACAACCAUUUACAAACUGUUUACAAAGGUCAUCAUUUUGAUAAAUAUGUAAACUAACAGCACGUUAGGUUGUAAAAACCUGUAAAAAGUGAGCAUGUGUAGUGUUUUGCAUCAGUUUACCAAAGUCUGAGUUGUAAACCACAGUCUUGUGAAGUCAUGUGAGAGAAGUUAUCACCGUGGAGCCGUGCCAGGAACUAGGAAACCACAUGACGCCUGUGUUUAUAGCCCCUCCUCUGGAGCCCUGCACUGUGGACACUCCCUCUCUUCUCAAUAUAGCUGCAUACUGACAAAUAGAUUGGUCAUAUUAGAUUACAUUUAGAUAGAUAAAGCAUGUCAAAUUUGCAUUAAACUCUAUUUUACUUACAUGGUUUCUCACCAGUUUGUUGCACAACCCUCUUUGAUCUAGUUACUUGGGCUGGAUCUGAUUAAAGAGAGUACUAUAAAGGAAUGAUUUAUUUAUUUUGGAUAUGGUUUCAUGUUUAGAGGCCUUAAGAGGAGAUUUAAACUGGUUAUGAAACAGACUGAAAUUCAUGACCUACAGCUUAUGGCAAGGAAACUGACUCUAUUAGACUUUUCUCUCUGUGCAAACAUUGAACAUGAAAUGAUUACGCUGAUACGUACAUGAGACAUUUAGCAUCUUACUUUAACAUGCAGGAUAGUGCAAUGUUGAGGAUUGCAAAGAGAAGCUAAAUGAUAAUACAAAUAUCUGAGAAUAUAUGUAAGUACCUAAUUCUGAUUGACACAGUCAUGGCUCAACUUUUAACUGAUGGCUUUAUCUGAUUACAAGAGACUUAGUUUUCUUUUAUUGUUUUUGUUAGGGUUAGGCUCUGAAAUGGAAAAAAAGGUUUAAUUUUUAUCAUGAGAAAUAAAAAAAAAUAAUAUCAUAAUUAGAAAUGUAAGAUCUUUACUUCCUGAGAUGUGUGUGAGAAAAGUAAAUUGAUUGAGGAAAUAUAAUAAAAACCAGACUUUCCGGUUCAAAUAAGCAUGUAUUUAAAGAUAAGAAAGUGGUGUAUUCGUGUCGUGUUGAAGCAGUUAUACUGAGCAAACUGCCUUUAAACUGAGAAGACAAUCUGAGAAGCAGAUUACAGAAACAGAAGGUUCAAAUAAAAAAAUUAAUAAUGUGAAAAAGAACAAAUCUUUCAUUCAUUCAAGUUUUUUCUUUCUAGUGUUUAUUCAGGUCAGCAAUUAAAAACAAUAAACUCAAUGGCCAGUUCUGUGACAUUUUCCUUUAAACACAUCUGCCCCUUACCCUAACCCUAAAUCUUAGAAAGUGACUCUACAUUUUGAUUAAAAAGAAAAACCCCAAACUGUAAAUCUUACACCACUUUCAUGCAUUGAUGCAUAUGAAGUGAAAUGCUAGGAGAGUAAACAAACAAAUACAAGUAACAAAUACUCAUUAAUCACUGCUGUAUCUCUUUUUGUGUGUGUGUCUGUAUGUGUGUGUGCAGAGGAGGGACGUCCUCCAUCAAUAGUCCCAGAGAAGCCAGAUGUGCCGUCUCCCUCCCCUCAGUCAGAGAGGAGGAGUUUUUCCUCCAGUCCUUCACACUCCCUCCACAGCACCAGGACAUACCGGAAGCAGCACACAGACCACCACAGACGGACCUCCACCGCCUCUGGUAAAGUAGCACCCACACACACAGACACACUACAGAUGGUGUUAUAUUUGCAGCUUGAGUGAGCGUGUUUGGUCAGUCAGUGGAUAUCUUCUUUCUUAAACUGUUGUUUAGCAUCCCUGGUCCUGUUUUUCAGGCUUCAACUUCUUUUUCAAGCGUUGGGGUAAGGUGUCCUCAAAAAACCAAAUCAUGAUUAGUCAAUCUUCUAGAAACUUUCCUGCUCUUAAGUUUUCAGAAUGAAUCAAGAUUAUAUCAACCGAAAUUUGCUCUAUGAUUUUUUUUAUUAACAAAGUUGUGAAAUUUGCUGGUUUUCCACCAGUAAAUUGGCACAAUGUUUUAACUAUAAAAAAAUGACUGAAAAUCACUUUGUUUGAUUGAUUGCCUUAACAGUUUCUUUCUCAAAGUCGAUGUUAUGAAAUCAGGCGAUAACCUGUCUUUAGUGAUUAGAUUACCUUUAAUUGAAAGCUCUGAUUGUUGAUUUUAUAGCUUCUGUUUUGUUGAAAGUAAACUAAUCAAAGGCCAGUGAUAGAACACAGGUCAUGUUUAACAAUGGAUGCACCUGAAAAUGACAGAAUUUAGAGUCACUUAAGCUCCAUAAGACAUUUGAGAAAACAGUCUGAAGAUAUGAGAGGAUGCAAAAAUGUUAGACGCAGCAUGUCAAUGUGUGACUUUCUGAGCUUUUUGUGUUUUUAAUGGUGAAAAAAAACAACUGAAAAUCUUUGGAAAGAGAGUUGAAAACACAAGCAGCUGCAGCAGAUUGAAAUAGUAAUUAUUUUUUAAAUGUAAUCCAUGAUGACUUUAGGAUUUAGUGUGUCUUCAGAAUUCUUUAAAAGCUUUUUAACAGUUUCAUCCAACCAUCCCCUGUUGAAGAUGUGAAUGCUGCUGUCUCAUGUUGUCAUUUUGCAAGGAUUUUUGAGCAAAGUUUUGUAGAAGCGAGGUCAAACUUCUGUGAAACAUAGAUCAUCAUCAAAGUAGAAAAAUUAUAGUUAAAUUAUAGCCGAUUCAUCAUCUGUUUACGAGAAAAAAACAUCAAGCUGUUCAAGGUUCCAGCUUCUCCAAUGUCAGGAAAACCAGGCUGUGUCACCUUUGGCUCUAGAAAUUGAUUUCAUCACUUUUUUGACAGAUUUGAAUGAUUUAUAGAUGAGUAACUGCUCGAUGGUUGAAUCAAUUAAAUAACAUGUCGAUUGGUUGGUGAUAAUUCAUCACUAGUUGCAGAACUAACCUGAUAACUCAAAUUGAAGUAGAUGAAUAAUUCGAUAGGAAGCAUUUCUGAACUUCUGAAUUGGAUUUUGUAGUACGUUUUUAACUGUUAGUCGUCAAAUGUUUGAUGUUUUAUGUAAGUUGUUGAUUGUGUAAAUUUAUCAUGAAAGUUAAAUCCUGCUCCGAUCAGGAAGGAGGAUUCUUUUUGUGUUUCAUUUAGUAUUUCAUCAUAACCUGCAAAACUCAGGACCAGAUUUACAAGUCCUAAAUUCAAAUGUAAAUAGUGCAAUAACAGCACCAUGGGAAGCUACCCAUGCCGUGGAUGCUUAUGAGCCCCAUACUAUCAGGGAUGCUGGUUUUGAACUGUAAGCCUCCAGUCAUGGUUUUGGUCCUUAUAUCUCCAGAUUCUCUCAAUCUUUUAAUGAUAUUUUUUAAUAUCAUACAUUUUCAUGAAAUAAGUAAAUGUUUCAGUUACAACCAUGACACGUUAUCUUUGCACUAUUUUAAUUUCAAAAAAGGCUUCAUUGAGUUGAAAGUGUCCUCUACUGGAUUUUAUCUUAAUUUUAACGUGUUUUUAUUUAUUUAUUUAUUUUCAUGUGUGGAGAAAAAAUGUCUUUGGUUAAAAAAAUGCCAAACAUUCACCUUUAGGUACAGACUAAAAAUGAUGUUUGUGGUUAAAAUGUGUUGAGUGUGAAAGGCAUCAGAAAGAUUUGUGCAUGUACAGGAUGUGUAACGUGCGCUCUCAUGUCUUUUCUGAUUACAGUGGAUUGGCCAGGUGAGGGUCUCCUGCACUGUGUGGUUUUUUACUAAAGAAGCUUUUAGCCUGAAUUUAACACCUCAGUCUGAAAGAAUCGCCUUACACAGUUUUUAGAGUGCGUGAGAGAGCAUGCAGAGUGCGUGUGAUGAUUUUUGCAUCGUCAAUGAGACGCUUUCUAUUAGUCUUUGGUUUGCUCUAAUGUUUGCCUCUUAGGAACUAAUACCUGGAAUGAUGUUUGUCAUGACGCUAACAUUUUUAUUCCACAUGUUUUUGUUCCUUGAUUUGUUAAUUUUUGACCACAUCAUGUGUUAAUUUCUUCUAAUUUUUGCAACUUUCAGAUGAACAUAUUCAAAAGGUGGUAAAGUGCAUUGUCAAAUUCUUGUCACUCAGCUGUUAAAAAAAGAGUCAUUUACUCACAUUAAAGGUCUGCUGAAGUGGCAUAUUUGACAAUGCAGCAGGAUGAAAUUAAAGCACAGGUGAUCUUUUUCAGGUGUUUUGUUUAUAUGUGCUCCGUGUGGGUGCUUGUGUGUGUCUUUUUGUCCACAUGUGUGAUUUCAGACGGCAGCAGGAAGUCGGACACUCCUCUGAGCAAUCACGACCCCCGCACGGCCGUGCAGCUUCGCACUGCACUGAAGAGACUGAAGGAAAUAAUGGAAGGAAAGAGCCAGGUAGUCAUUUCAAAGUUAACGCUUUAUCUUUCACUUUUGUGUCUUUAGUAAAUGUCAGGGUAAUAUUCUAAAAUUAAGUGACAUUCAAUCACAGACAGGCUCCUUUAAAACUAGAAAAAAUUACUACUGUGUGACUUUAUUUGGGUGUCAAAACAGAUCCAACCAAGCAGACAAAAAGAGCAGAGUAAAACAACUUGCUCCUCAAGCAAACAUUGAGUUACGAUGUCUUUUUGAUGUGUGGUUAUUUUUUCUGUGGAAGUGCUUAGUUUGCAGAAAAAUAGUGACUAAGACAUGAGAAAAUAUUUGAAAAAGUAUCAUGAUGGCAUUAUUGGAUUGUUUUACCGAUUGAUGAUAUUGCACAUUGUUAUUUUGGAAGAUUUCUGUUGCAAUAAGGUAGCUUGAAGUUUAAAAGCUAUACAGAGCCUGACUUGGAAGAGCUAUGCUGCAUUGCACACUGGAGAGCAUCGUCUAAACCUCGACCACAGGCUCUCAAACACUUUUCUAGAAAGCAGAAAAACUGUCAAGAGACACAAAGAGAGGGUCACUGCUUUUUCGUGUCAUCUUGUCUGUUUUCUGCUUUAGAAUUAGUAAUGGAGCAUCACUAUUUGCAAAGGGCUUGGGUUUGACGUAAAUUGUCUAAGGCAGAUUAUAAAAGAAGUUGUAUUGCAUGACUCUAAAUGCCAGUUUCUAUUUCUGCACACUUUAAACUGUUCUUAUUGAAUUUAAGUGAAUUCCAGAAGAGGCCAGAUGUUAAAAUAGAAACACUCAUCAACCAGAAUCCCCCCACAGUCUCUCUCUCCUCUAAGAGUAAUGGUCCAGAACUGAUAUAACCAUACAGUUAUCCAACUUCUUAUCUAAUUUUUUUUCACACUGCAGUAAAUCAAGUUUGGCUCAAAACAUUUUGAUUGAAUCAAACUUUGAUAUAGGUCAUUGAUAAUAUGUCAAUUAAAUUAGAUUUUCUUUUGAUGUUUUUUCCAUUUCAGGACAGCGAUCUGAAGCAGUACUGGAUGCCGGACAGCCAGUGUAAAGAGUGUUAUGACUGCAAUGAGAAGUUCACAACUUUCCGCCGACGCCACCACUGCAGACUGUGCGGCCAGAUCUUCUGCAGCCGCUGCUGCAACCAGGAGAUCCCUGGGAAGUUUAUGGGCUACACAGGUAGACUACACAGCUCACUCAAGAUUUCACUUCAUUUCAAUUCAAUUCAAUUAAAAAGAAAAACAUAUACAGUUACGAAGAGCAAACACAGAAGGAGACAAAGUCUAAUUCACUGACCCUUUUCUGUCUUUGUUGACUACAGGAGAUCUACGGGCCUGCACGUACUGCAGGAAGCUAGCCCUAAGCUACGCCCACUCGGCGGAGUCGGGCUCCAUCGGAGAGGACCUGAGCGCUCUCUCCGACUCUCCCUGCUCCGUGUGCGUGCUGGAACCCAGCGAGCCUCGCACACCAUCGGGGGGACGUAAAGCCAGCAGGAACAUUUUCCUCGAAGAAGAUCUGACCUGGCAGAGGUGAGCCCACGUGCGCGCACACACACAUGCACACACAGACUAAUCAAUUCAGGGUUAACCCUAAACAUUGAUUAGUAUAUUAAUUUGUCGCUAAAUUGAACCACAUGCCAUAACUAAAGUCGUCCUGUUUGAUUUGCUGGAACACAAUCAGACAGAAAGCGCUCUGUCAGAGGUCAACUGAAGCCCAUUUGGACUGGAAGGUUAUAAAAUACUUGGAGGACUUGGCGCUUUAACAAAUCCUUACCAGGGUGAGCUACAGAGCAGCUCUGGCCCAUUAUCUGUUGGGGGAUAUUAGUUGUUGGAGAUACACUUGAACUGAAAGCUCAUCUUGUACUGUAGUGUCAAAACUGCCCCCCAUAUUCAACUGAUGAAUGAUUUGAUAGACUGUAAGGAACGUAGCAUUAGCGAUGUCACUCUCUGGUUUUGAAGUUGAGGUGGAGUUUGGUGGCCUGUCAGCAACAGACACCAUUUAAAAAUGCUGACUCGCCCUAACUUUCUAACCCACUGUGGGGCAAAGACACAGCAUUUACCCUCGCUAACAGCUACAGUGUGGCAACUUGAUUUCUUUCUCUAAUAAGUUAUAAAAGAUGAAUCCUCUGUGCAGAACGUCUUGAACUCAGCUCAAAUUCAACCUGUGGCUCUUGCCUAGAUAUAUCACCCCACUCUCUCUCCUCCCAGUCUCAGGCUCUAGCAGUUGUCAUAUCCUCAAAAUCAAAGCAUCCAAAGCUCUAAAGAAGAAAAACAGUGUCGGUAUGCCACUUCGAUGUUCCUGUUGGUCCUGCCAAACAGGCAUCAUGUUGUUUUUCAUAGGUCUGUAGAUUUCAGAGCAGGUUUUCUCUGGGACUUUCCAGAAGAUUUGGUUGCGUGGUUUGAUGACAUCUGGUUUCAGCUUCGAUUUCAUGCCUCAUUCCUUCACAAUUCCCUACCUUUACCCGUCAUGUUUCGUCCAAAUUAGCUGUUUUCCUCCCCUCACCAAACACGUCUCGUUUGCUGUGUGCAGGUUUGUCGUUGUCGUUUGUGGUGGAUUUGCUCAUUUUGCUCACGAUGUAAACACUCUGCUUGCUCUUUCUCUGCCUUGAUUUCCUGAUUCUGUUUGUGUUUGUGUGUUUUUAUGUACUUGUUUUCUCUGCAUGGUGAGGACACAUGUAACAGGACCAUGUUAAAGCAUCUUAAACAUAUAACAUCUAUAUCAGCUGGUCCUGACUGCUCCUUUAUGAUGAGGAAUGUACAGUAAGCCUGCAUGAAGUCAGACUCAUUCGGUAGGAUACGAACAUGAGACUCAGUGGGUCAGCUCUGCAGCAUGUGAUCUGACAGUCCAGUCCAGUCCAGUGUGGAAAAAAUGUCCCUAAUUAACGAAGAAAUUAAGAGAAGAAAGAAGGAGCAUCUAGUUUAGGAAGAACAGCUGCAGAAAAGCAUGACUUUUCAGCCACGAGGGCUGCUUUCAUCUGCCUUUUAAGUCAUUUUUUAAACUAAUUAUGGAUGGGAUUUUUUUUUUGUUGUUGUUUUUGAAGAUUUUAUAGUCAUCAUGCAGAUCACAGGCUUUUUGUUAAAUGUUUGAGAACAUUUUGUCUUGAGGUUGCAUGCAUUUUUAACCCCGGUUCUUCUUUUGCUGCUGUUUUGAAUCAGUGUGCUUUCCUGCUUAUUUCUCUGUCGACCUGCCUCAAAGAAAAUCUCCUUUCCCCCCCCUUCUCUGUCUCUCUCCCUCUCUCUCUGUCCUGGCAUAGAAAAACUCCUAUUGGGAUGAGAAAGAAGUGAGUCCUGCUGUUUGUUUUAUUCAUUUUUCACAUCUGUCCGAGCUUUAGUCGUCGAAGCCAGUGCUUUCUAGCUCUGUCGAGGUUUUCCUCUGCAUGCUCACAGUCACUGAUCAUGAAUCAAAGUAUACAGUAACACAGAGGAGGUUUACAGUGGGCCACAGAAAGGUCGUAAAUUAAAGGUUUUCUGUGUGUUUGUCAGUAUGAUUCACCAGGAGCCUCAGAGCAGCGGCCUCAGCUCCAGACUGACAACACUGCAAGAAGACGCGGUCAAAUCUCCGGCGAGGAAGAGGUCAGUCCGCGCUCUUAAGUGUCCUGUUCAGAUGGAUUCAGAGCGGUAAAUGUGAUGACUAUUCUUCAUCCAUCAACAGGUCUGCCAGUGUGACCAACCUGUCCUUAGACCGCUCUGGAUCCUCCCUGGUGCCUUCCUAUGACAGCUCAGUCAGCCCACCUCCCAGCCGGGCGGUGACGGGCCCCAAAAGUGGCCCAAAGCUGGACCACAGUGAGGAGGAGAGGAAGAUCCUGCUGGUAGCUGCUAAUUCUCUCUUUUUCAUCAUUUAUAGUCUCCAUAUUAUGUAACACAAAUAACUAACAGGACAUAAUAGAAUCCUACCAGACUGCACAUAUUGUGUUUUUUUAAAGCCGCAGUUAGCAACCUUUGAUUUUUCUGUCAUCGUUCACCCUGCAGGAUUCCUCCCAGCUGAAGGACCUUUGGAAGAAAAUCUGCCACAACAGCACAGGAAUGGAGUUUCAGGACCACAGAUACUGGUUGAGGACGUACCCCAACUGCAUUGUGGGAAAAGAGCUUGUGAACUGGCUGCUGAGAAAUGGCACCAUCUCCACCAGGUAACCACUAACUUAAAGAUGUCUUUUUGUUCAUGUUUGCUAAGAGUGAACUCUGACCACACAUCUUUCUUUUUUUUUUUAAGAUAUUAAAUAUAAAGAUAUUUUCUUCUCUUACAUAAAGUGAUUUUUUGUACAUAUUAAAUGCUGCAGGUUUUGACUAACUGAUUUUUUCCAUGUUGCAGAGCUCAGGCUAUCGCCAUCGGUCAGGCGUUGGUGGACGGUCGGUGGCUGGACUGUGUCACCCACCACGAUCAGCUGUUCAGGGAUGAGUAUGCUCUCUACCGCCCCCUUCAGGUAAUAGUCUGAUUAGUUCACAUGAUACACACAAUAAAAGAAAUGACUAAAUAUUUUCUCGUUUACCACAGCACAGUCUUUGACUCGUGUUCAUCUUGUCUGGACUUCUCCUUUCUAACAGCUUUAGUGAAUGUUUAGUUCAACACCAAUCACCAUCCUCUAUUCUACUGCAUAUUGAUAAUUCAUUAAUCAUUUUUACCAAAUAUCUUAUAACCAGAUUUCUCUCAUCCCAGGUCAUUAACUGUUAGCUGUGACUCCAUCACCAACAGACAGGUCCUACCUACACCUUGAGUAACCUGUCCCUCUCCAUCCCUCUGUUUUGCAGCCCAGAUUAAAUCACGUUUAAGGUUUAAGAAACCUGAAACAACCAGAACAACAACCAAACAAACAUAUCCUCAUACAAACGUUUCUCAAACUGCUUCAAAAUUGCAGCGUGUGCAUGUGUGUAAGGGAACAGAGCACAUUCAAACUUUUCUCUCUCUCUGUUUUUAGAGUACAGAGUUCUCAGAAACCCCGUCUCCGGACAGCGACAGUGUCAACUCCCUGGAGGGACAUUCAGAGCCGUCUUGGUUCAAGGACAUCAAGUUUGAUGACAGCGACAACGAGCAGCUCGCAGAUGAGACUGACUACACCACGCCAAGUAUGUAACGCCCACCUGAUGCUUUCAUAAAGUCCUUGUCUUGCCUGGAGUAGGCCUGGUUUUAAGGUGUGACUGCAGCUGAGAAGACUUCUCUAAAAAUACACAGUUUCUCUUCCUCAUAAACCACAGUACACCACGGCUGAUUUUGGGGUGAGAAACAUUCUCCUAAAGAGGUGAUAGCCUUGCUGUCACCCUCCAAUCUUUAACCACCUCCACAGCCCAGAACUGUGCUAACCUUUUCCAUAAGUUUGCUCAGUCUGCUUGGUCCAGUAUUUGCUGUUUGGUUUCGUUUUUGCAAAUGAAAAUCUGUUUUUUUUUUUCUGUCUGUUUAGACUCUUCCAGCCCCAGCAAGAGGACGUCUGUGAGCAGUUUUCAGUCGGUGGUGGACAGUGACUCUGCAGCUUCUAUUAACCUCAACAUGGAGCAAAACAACGUCAACUUCCACAUCAAGAAACAGUCCAAGUAUCCACACGUGCCUGGAACUAAUGAGCAGAAAGGUAAGUGAAGGAGAUGUCAUCCUCUUCGUCUUACUUCUUACUCCUGACUGACUUCUCUGUCUUCUUUCUCUUUCAGCUGAAUUUCUUCUAUCCGAGGACGGAGGACAAAAUAUUGUCAUAAGUGAUGCUUUCAUCAAAGGUAGGAGCUCUGCGCUUCUUUAUCAGUUUGUACACGCACAAGCAUAAGCUUCUUUUUUUGCCGUUUGACAAACCAGCUUCCUCCUCCUUCCUGCAGAGUCUCUGUUUAACCGCCAGGUGGAGGAGAAGGCGAAGGAGAUGCUGUUCACUCCGCUGGGUUGGCAUCACAGCUCUCUGGACCAACUGAGAGAGGAGAACGGGGAGAAGAAGGCCAUGGAGAGGCUGCUGUGAGUGGAGAUAACACCACAAGCUUUACCCACUUUUAACACAGCUGCAGCAAAUCAAACACAAAUAUUGUUAUCCGUCUACCUCCUUUAUGUUCAGCUCUGCCAACCACAGCCACAUGAUGGCGCUGCUGCAGCAGCUGCUCUACAGCGAGUCUCUGUCUCUGUCCUGGCGAGACAUCAUCGUCCCAGUGGUCAGACAGGUGGUCCAAACCGUACGGCCCGAUGUUCGUAACUGUGACGACGACAUGGACAUCAGGCAGCUGGUCCACAUCAAGAAGGUCAGAAACCAGCCGGCCAAACAAUUCUGCUGCUACUAGGAAAUUAAACGUUCAUUUAAGUGUGUCUGUGGAUGUCAUGAAGAGAGAUUAUUCAAGUGUCCAAAAAAACUCAACCUGAAUUUGUGUUUCAGAUUCCCGGUGGCAGAAAGUUUGACUCAGCGGUGGUAAACGGCUUCGUCUGCACCAAGAACAUCGCUCACAAAAAAGUACAGUCACACAUCCUCUCUCUCAAAUUUUUAUCUUUUCUCUUUUGUAACUGUUUCACUUUGUUUGCCUCUUAAACUUUGAUGAAAACUGACACUGCAGGACUUGAACAUAAUGAGAGUAAUUUUGAUCCGAUCUGAAUCAGAUGAACGCCUACAUCAAGAACCCGAAGAUCCUGCUGCUGAAGUGCUCCAUAGAGUAUCUGUACAGAGAGGAGACCAAGUUCACCUGCAUCGACCCCAUCGUGCUUCAGGUCUGACAUGACAUGAAACAGCCUUUCCUCUGAAGCUCACCGUUGACCGAGAGUUUCCCACACUAAGACAAGUUCCGUCUGUUUCCCCCUCCCAGGAACGAGAGUUUUUGAAGAACUACGUGCAGCGUAUCGUAGACGUCAGACCCAACCUGGUGUUAGUGGAGAAAACUGUGUCACGCAUCGCUCAGGACAUGCUGCUAGAGCAUGGCAUCACGCUGGUCAUCAACGUCAAACCAGUAAGUACGCAUUUCAAUGGAAUCAGGACAGGAACAAGCAACUAAUGCCGCGUUCGAGUUACCUCGGAAGUCAGAAGUCAAAAGUCUGAGCUGAAAAUUACAUCACACCCGGGUUACCAGCGUUUUUUUUUUUAGUUUCAGUUUAGUUUAUUUUUGGUCCCAAAAAAAAAUUUAUUAUAAUUACACUUUUCAUUUCAUUUCAUUUAAAUCAUUGGACCAAAAAAAGGUGUAGGCUGAAGCCCAUGGCUUAUUGUACCUACCCUUUCUUCACUUUUAUGCCGAACGUAAAGAAUAUACUUUCAAAGAUAACAAACAAGAAAAGCAAAAACAAAAAUAAACAGAAUAAAUCUGUACAAAACAGAAGCAAAAAAAGAUAUUAAAAUAAAAUAAGUAUAUCUAGUUUUGAAUUACACAACAUACAUACACAUGUGUACAUACAUACAACCAGCAUACAUACAUAUACACAUACAUACACAUACCUACCUAUCUACAUAUACGUAUACAGUAAGUCUAUAAAAUAAAUAAUCAAAAUAAAAGAAAAUGAAUUAGUAUGCGAUAUAUUAUAAAAUAGUUAUACAUACAUACAUAUCGAUACACCUGUAAAUAAUGAGUUACCAAGUCAGAAAAAAGCAAAAUCAGAGGCCUGAACCUAGAUGGCUUUAUCUAUGAAAGUUAUUUUAAGGCAACCGAUUUUGCUUUUUUCCAACUUGGUAACUGAAACGCUGGUAACUCGGGUGUGACGUCAUUUUCAGCUCUGACGUCUGACUUCCGAGGUAACUCGAACGCAGCAUUAGUAACAGAACAUUUGCCGAAUUUUUAAGAAUGAGUUGCAGCAUGACACAGAGCUGUUUUUUUGUUAAAUCUUCAUCUGUGAAUCUUCCUUUUUUGUCUUUAUAGCAAGUCUUAGACAGAGUCAGCCGUAUGACUCAGGGGGACCUGGUGAUGUCCAUGGACCAGCUGCUCACCAAACCUCGACUGGGAACCUGUCACAAGUUCUACAUGCAGCCGUUCACUCUGGCCAACGGUAAGACGAACAGCUCAAAUAUCCACUCCUUCUUCUGUGCGAUUACCGAACCCUGGAUGUGAAUUAAUGGUUAUCUUUUUUUGGUUCACAGAUGAAGCGAAGACUCUGAUGUUCUUCGAAGGCUGUCCUGCUCACCUCGGCUGCUCCAUCAAGCUCCGCGGCGCCGCAGACUACGAGCUGGCCCGAGUGAAGGAGAUCAUCAUGCUGAUGGUGUGCGUGGCCUACCACUCCCAGCUGGAGAUCUCUUUCCUCAUGGACGAGUUCGCCAUGCCGCCCAGCGUGGCCCAAAGCACAACGUUCCCCUGCUUGCUGGAGGUCGCCACGGUGGCCGAGGAAAAGGAGGCGGACGGAGUGAGAGAGACUACCGGGGAGAGCCGGGAGAAAAUCGGAGGGUCCGAAGCUCCUUCACAGCCUGAAGAGGAAGCCGUCUCCUCUGAGUCUGGAGAUCCGGACACUCCGAAAGACAGACAGACGCUUAAAUCUCCCCCCUCUGUGCAGGAAGAGGAAACUGUUAACAUAGAGACAAUGACCUCCUCUUUAUUUCCAAACCUUUCGAACCCUCCCUUGUGCGUCUCUCCUCCGUUUCUCAUGGAGGAUGACAAAGAGAUGGACUCCAGCACUCUGAUCGCAGAGUCAGAGGGGGAGAUGGGGGAGGAGGGCAGCCUCGUAAAGGCGGAGUCCCUAAAUAACGAGGACGGGGAAGAACCGCCGACUCCCAGGCUGUUCAGAGACCCUCUGCAGGACGACACUGGGGUGUUCGUGGCCGAGCAGGUGGCUUCAACAGACGAUCACCUGAAGUCCAUUUCUGCCGUCUUCAAACAGGAGCUGAAGGACAUCAUCUUAUGUAUCUCCCCCUUCAUCACCUUUAAGAAACCGUUCCUCCUCACUCCUGCUGGAAUGCACUGUCCCAGCAGAGAGUACUUCCCUGAACAGGUCUGAAGCGUUGAUAGUUUGUCUCUUUUAGUUUAAAGCAUUAAAAAAAACAGAAUAUUUGUAACCACUUGUGUUUUUCUCCUCCCGUAGGUCUACUUCUCUCCUCUCCUCAACAAAGAUUUCAAAGAACUGGACGGGCGCAGAAAGCGACAGCUCCUCAAAGACUCCGCCCCCUCCUCCCUGGCCAACGGACAGACCAAUGGAGUCCCCCAGCCGAGGCCCAUCGAGGUCCUGCCUUCCCACAACCUCACCAGCACCCGCAUCGUGGAGCAGCUGAACAGCAGCCAGGAUCUGGCCAGAAUGCUGGCGGACUACAGAGCAAAAGGGGGUCGGAUUCGUCAGAGGGAAACCACAGACCCGUUCGUCAGCACUUCGACUCCCGUCAGCAGUCAGAGUAAGACCGGGGACACGGCAGGAAAGCACCCAGUGAAGGCCGACAGUGAGGAGGAGAAGCCAGGCAAACAGAACGAGCUGAGCUGGGCCCCGAAGGUGAGACGAGUUGAAAUAUUGUACAAACCUGAUUCCAGAAAAAGUGAGGACGCUGUGAAAGGCUGAGAAAAACAGAAUUUGCAAACAAUUAAAAUCAUACAUUUAAUUAAAAUAUUGCAAAUACAACUUUAUUUGAACAUUUGUGUCCUCAGCUGGACUGUUUGAAUCCUGUAAACCAUCAGAGACUCUGCGUGCUCUUCAGCAGCUCAUCAGCUCAGUCCAACAAUGCACCAAACCCCUGUGUCAGCCCAUGGUAAAAAAAAAGUUUUAGUGAAAUUAAUCAGUCAAAAAGUACAGACUGUUUUUUUUUACUGUAUAAUGGAGCUGUUAUGAUUUCUGUCCGCUAACAGGAUUGUCACGAUGGAGUUUUACGGGAAGAAUGACCUCUCACUCGGCGUCUUCUUGGAGCGAUACUGUUUUAGGUGAGACAAAAACGAGCUGUGAGGCUGAGAAAAGUCUAUGUGGUAGAGGGAUCUUCAUUAAUGUGGGUUUGUAUUCACAUUUUUCCUCCCACAGGCCUUCUUACCAGUGCCCCAGUGUGUUCUGUGAGACUCCCAUGGUGCAUCACAUCCGGCGGUUCGUGCACGGCAGCGGCUGCGUGCAGAUUGUGCUGAAGGAGCUGGACUCUCCUGUGCCGGGUUAUCAGCACACUAUCCUCAACUACUCCUGGUGCCGGAUCUGUAAACAGGUCAGGACCUCUGAGUCAAGAUGUUAAAGGGAAAUUCCGGCUUAAAAUUAAUUUAGGAUCAAACACACCGUAACACCCUAUUGAGAGAUGAAUGUUGCCAACUACUUGCUUCUCUAGUUAUACCAACUUUAGUAAUGACCGCAUGAUAGCAAUACACAGCGGUCUGAGGAGCCAUAAACAAACCUCAACAAAAUGCCACUCUAUGGCCACAAAUAAUGCUCAGAACAGCACCUAACUUCAUCAACAGUACAUAUUGGGUUCUAGCCACAGCACUAGCCACCAAACAUCUUUUUAACUUUGUCUGAUUUCUUUAGCAAAGAGACUAAACACAACUCACCUACUCUCUUCCAGCAACCGCUUGUUUGUAGCGAGACCUCGACCAGUCCAUUACGGACUGCUGCAGGGGGACACAGCUCAAGGGAGAACAUUUAUGAUCAUUUCUUUAUCAUUUCCUUGAAGUAAUAAUCAUCAUAUUAAUCAUUUUGCACUGCAGACGCGGUAGUUCUUCUGCAUUAGCGUCUCUGUCUGAUUGCAUUUCCAUGAAGUAAUGAUCAUAAAUGUUCUUCCUUGAGCUGCGUCACCCCGCAGCAGUCAGUAAUGGACUGGUCGAGGUCAUGUACAAACAAGCGGCUGCUGGGAGAGAGUAGGUGAGUUGUGUUUAGUCUCUUUGCUAAAGAAAUCAGGCAAAGUUAAAAAGAUGUUUGGUGGCUAGUACUAUGGCUGGGACCCUAUAUGUGCUGUUGAUGAAGUUAGGUGCUGGGACCACUGGGACCACUAUCCUGCGGUCGUUACUAAAGUUGGUAUUUAACUAGAGAAGGAAGCAGUCGGCAACAUUUAUCUCUCGAUGGGGUGUCUAACUCGGUGUUACGGUGUGUUUGACCCUAAAUUAAUUUUAUGUCGGAAUAUCCCUGUAAGAAGAGUGUGAUUUACUUUUUAGCUGAAAUGAAUUAGAGUCUGUGUUUCCCUCUGUUGUGCUCACUCCCUCUCUCUUUUUCAAGGUCACUCCAGUGGUGCCUCUUUCCAACGACUCGUGGUCGAUGUCUUUCGCCAAAUAUCUGGAGCUCCGUUUUUAUGGACACCAGUACACGAGGAGAGCCAACGCGGAGCCCUGCGGACACUCCAUCCACAAAGACUACCACCAGUACUUCUCCUACAACCAGAUGGUGGCCUCCUUCAGGUGAGUGUCCUCCUCAGAAAACCGCAGUUUGUUUGAAUCUGUGGAAGUUUUUGAAGAAAGUAAAAAGAGUUUUUCUCGUCCUCAGCUACACUUCUGUGAGAAUGUUGGAGAUCUGUCUUCCUCGUCCCAAGAUCUUCAUCAGGAACCAGGGGCCUUCAAAAACCAACCUUCAGCAGGACCUGAAGGACUUCUCUCAAAAGUAGGAGACUUUUUUGAUAAAUGAAAUAGUAGAUAGAGGAGAACUCAUGAACUGACACAGAUCUGUAAAGCUAACUUCAACUCUCUCCACAGAGUGACUCAGGUGUACCUGGCCAUAGAUGACCGCCUCACCUCCCUCAAGACCGACACCUUCAGUAAGACUCGAGAGGAGAAGAUGGAGGACCUGUUUGCACAGAAAGACGUACGUGUUUCUUUACCGGUUUGUCAGGAUGUGUCAUCUGUUGAUAUUUGGAGCGGUGUUGGGAUCAUAACGGUGUAACUUUGUGUUGAUGCAGAUGGAAGAGGCAGAACUUCGGAGCUGGAUUGACAAGCUUCAGGCUCGACUUCAGGCCUGUGGAUUAGACUCUCCUCAGCAGCUGCAGGUGGUUCUCGAGUCUUUAGUGAUGAAGAAACAGAGUCUGUGUGAGAUGCUGCAGUCCUGGAACGGAAGGUCAGCAUCACUUCAAGACUUCAGAUAUUUGAUUUUUAAGUUAGUAAAAAGCUCCUAAUCUGGAUGCUCGGUCAUCGCUCUCUCUCUCCAUCAGGCUGCAGGAUUUAUUCCAGCAGGAGAAAGGCCGGAAGCGUCUGUCUGUCCCUCCAAGUCCAGGUCGACACAGACAGACCAACACUGAGGAAAACAAGGUUGGUAACAUCUUUCAUAACCUCUUUUUACAGAUUUUGUUUGCAGUAUCAGUGAUCUCACCUGUUUGGACUUGUUUGUACAUUUGUGAUGCAGAGCACUCUGGACUCCUCCCCUCGUAACCCCUCACCCGUGGUGCAGAACGGAGACAAAGGUGAGUCCUCAGACCUCAUCCGCCCUGUUCCAUUUUAAAAAGAUAACAGCUUCAGUAUCUGAUGAGCUGAUUUCACCCACAGAGGACCGCCACCUCUGCCCCAUGCCCUCCACCUCCUCCUCCCUGCUGCCAUCUCCAGGAGACCCCGCAGCCGAACCCGUCACACCCGGUCCCUCUUUCUCCGAGCCGGACUCAGUCAGCAUCCCAGAAGGUGAAAAACAAACACAAAAAAAUACACACUCACCUCUCACAGAUACAACCUCUCUGAUCAUCUCUGACCGUGUUUGUGUCAUCAGACGUGUUUGACGGACACCUGCUGGGCUCCACUGACAGCCAGGUGAAAGAGAAAUCCACCAUGAAAGCGAUCCUCGCCAACUUUCUACCCGGCAACAGCUACAACCCCAUCCCCUUCCCUUUGUAAGUAAAGAGCUCACUCUGGAUAAAGACAGGGGUUUGAGCUCAGCCAGAGUCUCAUCGUUUAUUUGUUUAUUCAUCAGAAAUUGUUGAAUUAUAUAUUUUUAUCCCAAUUUUUUGUUUGUUUGUUUUUUACAUGAAUUUAAAAAAGUUACAGUUUGACAAAUGUGACAUUAGUAACAAUAAAGUUUCAGAUCUUUUCCCCCAAACACCGAGAAUAACAAAGUUUAAUUUCAUAUCAAAGUCAACAUGAAAACACAGAAAAAAAUACAUAUUUGGGGGGAUAAACUCUGACUUUGCAGUUUAAAGCGUUAAUGCUUUUCUUUGUCUACAGUGAACCAGACAAACACUACCUGAUGUACGAACACGAGCGGGUUCCCAUCGCAGUGUGUGAGAAAGAGCCGAGCUCCAUCAUCGCCUUCGCUCUCAGGUAACGACCUCGCUCAUUUCUGAUCUUCGUUUCUGUAAAUAAUGUCUUAAAUAUAAUGACACUGUGUCUUCAAAUGUUCUCCAGCUGUAAGGAGUAUAAAACUUCGCUGGAUGAUCUUUCCAAGGUGUCAAACACAGGCGGGGACGAGACUCAACAGGCCGUCAGGUGAGCAGGAUUCAGUUUGAUGGGAACUCAGGAUGGGAAGCUGAAUCAGGUGUUUCCAUAGACUUUUAUGUUCUAGAUCAGCAAUCUGCUCAUUGAACCUAUUCUUUACUCAGAUUUUAAUUCAUUUUUUCCAGCAUGGUGGAAAACCUGUCAAUUUUUUCUCUCAAUAUUUAAGUUUCUCUCACUGAAACAAUUUCGAGAUAGAGACUUGGUAAAUUUUUUUUCGUGUGUUUUUUCUUUUCAGUGGUGGAGAGAGUCGAGCCAAAAGCAGCCCAGCCAGACCCAGCGAGUCAGCCUCAUCACAGACGAGCAAAAACAGUGUGGAUGUGGACCCCCUUAGUGAGUGAUCAGAUACAUUAAAUAUCACAGUAACAGCUUUAUUUGAAACAUGCUUGAUGCAUUUUUUUACCUAUCUUGUUCAGAGGAUGCAGACUUGGGCGACAAACAGAAGAAGCAGACUCUGAAUCCACACAUUGAGCUCCGUGAGUCAUUCUGUCUACUUUUUUCUUCGCAAGUAUAAUCUAGUUUAAUUGAUCUUUAACCUGAUCUUUUUGUAGAGUUCUCCGAUGCCAACGCCAAGUUUUACUGUCGGAUCUACUACGCUGAGGAGUUUCACAAGAUGCGUGAGGAGAUCAUGGAGAGUCAGGAGGAGGAUUUCAUCCGCUCGCUGUCGCACUGUGUGAACUGGCAGGCUCGAGGAGGGAAAUCUGGAGCGGUUUUCUACGCAACAGAAGGUAGCAACUUCUAACACUACUACAGCUAGAACCAAAGUCACAGUAAAAGCAGCAGCUCGAAAGUGACCAAAGUAAGGUGUAACACACCCCGCCUCGUCUGCUUUGUGUCCUCUUAGAUGAUCGAUUCAUCCUGAAGCAGAUGCCCAGACUGGAGGUGCAGUCCUUCCUGGACUUUGCGCCUCAUUACUUCACCUACAUCACUGGAGCCGUGCAGCAGAAGGUCAGUUUUCACAUUUAUAGAAAGACACAAAAAAAAAAUUGGCAAAUCCACUAAUAGUUUGAGUAAAGAUGUAUGUUUUUGUUUUUAUUUUUUAUCUACAGAGGCCGACAGCUCUAGCAAAGAUCUUGGGUGUCUACAGGAUUGGAUACAAGAACUCUCAGAACAAUACAGAGAAGAAACUGGACCUGCUCGUCAUGGAAAAUCUUUUCUAUGGACGUAAGAUGGCUCAGGUGAGACUCCCAAGACAGUACAGUGAUUUUACUCAUCUUCAAAAAGCUUUUGGCACGAAACAGGUACCAGUGUUUGAUUUCAAGUCGUGUCUAUAACAUGACCAAACCUCGACUGCUCUGUCACAUUAGCUUCACGUAAUCUUCUCCCUGCAGGUGUUUGACUUGAAAGGCUCUCUGAGAAACCGUAACGUGAAGACGGACUCGGGGAAGGAGAGCUGUGAGGUGGUCCUGCUGGACGAGAACCUCCUGAAGCUGAUCCACGACAACCCGCUCUACAUCCGCUCCCACUGCAAGGCCAUCCUGAGGGCCGCCAUCCACAGCGACGCCUACUUUCUGUCCAGCCACCUCAUCAUCGAUUACUCGCUGCUGGUGGGACGAGACGACACCACCGACCAGCUGGUGGUGGGGAUAAUAGGUGAGGGGUCGCCUCUGAAACAUCAUAUGAGUAAAACUGACGAUUCUCCCAAUGAUGUCGUCUUAUAAUCUCUUUCCUGCAGAUUAUAUCCGCACUUUUACCUGGGACAAGAGACUGGAGAUGGUCGUCAAAUCAACUGGAAUACUGGGAGGUCAAGGUGAGUUACUUUGUCUGAUUUUGCAGCCAAGUUUUCUGAAAAUCACUCAAAAGCCUUUAACGUGUUUUCUGCUGUGUCUUGUAGGGAAGAUGCCCACUGUGGUCUCUCCAGAGCUGUACAGAGCCCGUUUCUGCGAGGCCAUGGACAAAUACUUCCUGAUGGUCCCCGACCACUGGACAGGCCUGGGCAUCAACUGCUGAGCGGUGCGCUCGGGGGUCCGCAGACAGAAACUCACUCCUUCUCUCUCUCUAUCUCUCUCUCUAUGCAUCAAAUCAGUUUUCUGGAUUUUUCUGUGACCAACAAGCACACAGACCGCUGCGAGUGUCUGAAUCUGACCAGAAGACAGCACAGAAUCAUUCCACACAGCAGCUCCAACAUUCUGCAACUGCUGCCUUAUAAAUAAACUCUAAAUACAGCUUAGAUGAGUUUUUAUCAUGGGGAUGUAAUGCAGUAUUAUCAGAUGAUCAUUUAUCCCCUUACAGAUGUUUUUUUUUUUUAUUAGUACUGUUAGUCCGACAGUUUCAAGAGGACCUGCUGAACACCCUCAGAUUUUUGGUUAAAGUUUGGAUAACAAACUAAUCUGUGUAAUUUAAAUUUGUACAGAGAUUAUGUAUUAAAAGAUUAUUAAUGUUGAUUUGUUAAAACAAA